AUGGACCGUCUAUAUCAUUAUCCGCAGACGAACGAGGAGCUUAUUCAGCACUACAAGCUCGAGCCGCAUCCCGAGAGCGGCUACUAUGCAGUCACCUGGGUCCCAGUCCAGAUGAUCCGCUCGCCUUUUGCAAACAACGAGGAACGCAGCAUUGGAACGUGCAUCUAUUACUUGCUCUGCCACAAGACCGCUGGUUGUCCCGAAAAGCCAGCAAUCGCGCUCACCGCCAGUACAGAUGGUAGCGAGAUCGAUCCUUUCAAGUCGUGGUCGAGCGAUGUGGGCGUGUUGCAUCUCAACAAGUCUUCCACCAUGCACCUCCACCAUGCCGGCCGCACCAAGUACACGUUGAUCUCGGCGAAAGCACCCCUAGGCGAAGGUCUUGUGGAUGAGAACGGGGAUCCGCUCACAAAGACCGUGAUCAUGGGCGAUGACAUUGCCAAUGGCGAGGUGCGCCAGCUUCUGGUUGAAGGCGGCUGGUGGAAGGUCAGCGAGAUCCCAGAAGCCGACCGUGCAGCAGCGCGCGAUGGCACAACUGAUCCCACAAGAGUAGGUGCUCUCAUCUCCGAGGUCGUCACGCCAGGCUUCCACUGGGACGAACAUACCUAUCUGAACCACGCCAAGCUGCGCGAGCUCGUAGCCGACAGCCCGCGUGCCGAAGAGCUGUUCGCCAAGUACAGGCCGUACGUCAAGGAGCUAUGA